AAAAAAGACGUCAAGCUUGUAGUGUUUAGUAUUCUUUAGCACAUAAAUAUAACUUCCAAGUUCCAAUGAAAAAUGAGAAAAUAUAUAAUUUACGACACAGAAAUCUAACUCACAGAUUUUAUGUUCAAUAAACAAAAGUAAAUUUAUAUUGCAAUCAUGUUACCAUUUCCACAGUUUGUUUCAAAAAAUUGGUUGAAUAUUACUUUGUUGUUUGUUCUGCUCGUUGCGGCUACUACCAAAGUUGCUAGAAGAAGAACUCAUCACCACUACCAUGGCCGAACUAAGAAUCCGUACACCAAAACAAUCUGUAUGCAGUUAGACAACACCCUUAGAGCUCGCCACAAGACGUGUUUCCUCAGACCAGAUACAGGGCCUUGUCGUGCCGACAUAAUCCAGUGGUAUUUCGACGUGAAGCAGCGCAAAUGUUAUCGGUUCUUCUGGGGAGGCUGCCAAGGGAAUGGUAACAGAUUUGAAACUGAGAAAGAGUGUUUUACUUACUGUCACUUGAACACCUCCGCACCUCCCGCCUCGAUUCCAUUUUUCUGUUCUCUCGCGUUUGAUUAUGGAACGUGUUUCGGCCAUUACAACCGUUGGGCUUGGGAUAAAUUUGCUAAAACAUGCAAACGACGACUAUAUUCAGGGUGUGGAGGCAACCAAAAUAACUUUGAAUCGAGAGCAGAGUGUCUGUCGACAUGUCUCACUCCACCCAACAAUACCAUGAACAGAUUCCGCCAGUACACGACCUGCGUGCCCUUCCACAUGGAUGAACUACAAUGAGAGUGGAAUCCCAGAAAUUUUCUUACAGUUUUCAAACUCAGUAAGAAAUUUCUAAUUACCCUAAAAUUCGAGGAUAUAUAUUUUUUAUUUCA